GAUUAUGUAGUUCUGAUGGAGCUCCCUUUGGGCAAGAGGAACCCGCCAGAGCUGAGAUUAGCGGAUUUGGCAACGGCUAAGGCCCAGCCUCUUCAGAAUAUGACAGGCUUCCUGGCGCUGGCGAGCCCGCCAGCCCACUCCCAACUCCGCGGUGCCGCCGCGUACCUCCACCCGAGGGACCUGGGCGUUGACCCCGGCGUGGCCGUCUCUCCGCUAGGACCGGAGCACAUGGCCCAGGCGAGCGCGCUCAGCCUCAGCCCUCCCUCCCAGGCGCUCUUGGCGCAGCCCGAGGCCCCGGCGGCCGCCGCCAGCACUACAGCCACGGUCGCACACCCCUGCGCGGGCACCCACCCCGACAACGGGGGCAGCAGCUGCGCUCAGCUCUCUGAGCCCCCGCCCCCAGCCCCUCCUCUUCCUCCCUCCCCCUCUCCCCCUCCUCUUGCCCUCUCGGGCUACACCACCACCAACAGUGGCGGCGGCGGCAGCAGCGGCAAAGGCCACAGCAGGGACUUCGUCCUCCGGAGGGACCUUUCCGCCACGGCCCCCGCGGCGGCCAUGCACGGGGCCCCGCUCGGAGGGGAGCAGCGGUCCGGCACCGACUCCCCCCAGCACCCCGCCCCGCCUCCCCAUCCUGUCGGCAUGUUCAUCUCCGCCAGCGGCACCUACGCGGGCCCGGACGGCGGAGGCGGCGGGGGUCCGACGCUCUUCCCUGCGCUGCACGACACUCCGGGGGCCCCUGGCGGCCACCCGCACCCGCUCAACGGCCAGAUGCGCCUCGGGCUGGCGGCGGCAGCGGCAGCUGCGGCCGCCGAACUGUACGGCCGCGGCGAGCCGCCCUUCGCGCCGCGCUCAGGGGACGCGCACUACGGCGCUGUGGCGGCUGCUGCCGCCGCCGCAGCCCUGCACGGUUACGGAGCCGUGAACUUAAACCUGAACCUGGCGGCGGCGGCGGCAGCUGCCGCAGCGGCCGGGCCCGGACCCCACCUGCAACACCACGCACCGCCCCCGGCGCCGCCGCCGCCUCCCGCGCCGCACCCGCACCAGCACCACCCCCACCUCCCAGGGGCGGCCGGGGCCUUCCUGCGCUACAUGCGGCAGCCAAUCAAGCAGGAGCUUAUCUGCAAGUGGAUCGACCCCGACGAGCUGGCCGGGCCGCCACCGCCACCGCCACCGCCCCCGGCCGGCGGCGCCAAGCCCUGCUCCAAAACUUUCGGCACCAUGCACGAGCUGGUGAACCACGUCACGGUGGAGCACGUGGGCGGCCCGGAGCAGAGCAGUCACGUCUGCUUCUGGGAGGACUGUCCGCGCGAAGGCAAGCCCUUCAAGGCCAAAUACAAGCUCAUCAACCACAUCCGCGUACACACGGGCGAGAAGCCUUUCCCCUGCCCCUUCCCGGGCUGCGGCAAGGUCUUCGCGCGCUCGGAGAACCUCAAGAUCCACAAGCGCACUCAUACAGGGGAAAAGCCUUUCAAAUGUGAAUUUGAUGGCUGCGACAGGAAGUUUGCCAACAGUAGUGAUCGAAAGAAACAUUCCCAUGUCCACACCAGUGACAAACCCUACUACUGCAAGAUUCGAGGCUGUGACAAAUCCUACACUCACCCGAGCUCUCUGAGGAAGCACAUGAAAAUUCACUGCAAGUCUCCACCACCUUCUCCAGGAACCCUUGGUUACUCUUCAGUGGGGACUCCGGUGGGCACCCCCUUGUCCCCUGUGCUGGAACCAACCAGGAGUCGCUCCAGCACUCUAUCCCCUCAGGUCACCAACCUCAAUGAGUGGUAUGUUUGCCAGGCCAGUGGGGCCGCCAGCCACCUUCACACACCUUCCAGUAAUGGAACCACCUCUGAGUCUGAAGAUGAAGAAAUUUAUGGGAACUCUGAAGUUGUGCGGACUAUACAUUAA